CCCGCCCGCCCCUCGCCUUGACGGCAGACGCCUGGCCGGGUGGCUGAGAGGAGCCCCGCCGCCGCAGCCGCCUCUCGCGCCGGGGUCCCGCCGCCCUCCUGCCCGCCCCAGCCUGGCCAUGGCCGGCCGCUCGCUCCUGCUGGCCGCCGCCCUCGCCGCCCUGCUCGGGAGAGGAUAUGGUGAUGAUUCUGAUGACUUCCGUUUAGAGGAUGCACUUGAUGAUCAUUCAACCAAGCGACCUACUCCCAAGUUGCCCAAAAAGCCAUUGGAUGGAACAGGAUAUGGGGAUGGUUUGGACGAUUUCAGUUUGUCAGAUGCACUGGAUGACCUUUCCACCAAGCGACCUACUCCCACGCUACCCAGAAAGCCAUCGGGUGGAACAGAUGAUAUUAGUUUAUGGGAUGUGAUCCACACCACCACAACCAAGAAGCCAAAAACCACCAAGGCCCCGCCCAAAAAGAAUCCAGCAAAGGAUCCUGCGGACUUUGACUUAUCCGAUGCGCUAGAUGAUCAGAAUGAUGGGAAAGGCGGUGGGAAACCAAAUGUAAAACCUGGUGAAGGCUCGAAAGGUAAAGAUAACCCUUCAAGAGGUGGAAAACAGGGAAGUCAGCACAUUUUUUUUUUUUUUUUUUUUUUUUUUGACGUUUUGGCCGGUGUUUUGGACGAUGGGAAGUACCAUCCUGAUAAGAAGAAAGGUGGCAGCGACUACGAUGCAGGCACCACCGCCGAGACUGGGACAAUAGCGGGAAUAGCCAGUGCUCUUGUCGUGGCAUUGGUUGGCGCCGUCUCCAGUUACAUUUCCUAUCAGCAAAAGAAGUUUUGCUUCAGCAUACAACAGGGUCUUAACGCAGAGUACGUGAAAGGAGAAAACACAGAAGCUGUUGUAACUGAAGAACCUCAAGUUAAAUAUUCAGUCCUAGAAACACAGUCAGCAGAGGCGCCACCACCACAAGACAAUGCGAAGGUCUAAAGCAUGGCCUUGGGCUGGAAGAGAAUCAGUCAGCGGCAAACACACACACACAAAACCAUCUCACAUGCUUGUAAUUCAGCUUUUUAUUUAAUUUGGAUCCAAGCUAUUUAAUGUGUAUUUAGACUAGAAGUGGCUUCUUGUUGAUAUAGGCGGUAGGGCUAGAAUGUCAGUGUCUUUUUAUUUUUUUGUAAAGAGUUGUAUGUUUACAUGGAAUUUAAUAAUGUAGGAUGGAUUACACUUUGUGUACAAAACAACAAAAGGUGCUUCAAUAGCCUUUCAAGCAAUGUUUAGGAUUUUCACGUUCGGGACAAGCAGCUGGGAUAAUGUCUUUUUCAAAGAGUGCCAGAGCGUACAGGUGUGAGGACGAUAAAGUGCCUGUAAAAUAACGAUCCAAAGCAAACCAUGCAAGAACCUUUGUAAAUCACUUCCAGUCAAUUUCUGCCAUCAGCUAUGCGCAUGCAGUGUCCAGUGUCAGCAGUGAAAAUUGUGUGUGUAGCUGAGGGUAGAUUUUGCUCCUUAGAGUAGCUACACUUAAAAAUAAAGUGCCUAUGGGUAGAUCCUCAUUUAGGGGCCCAGCCUGGGGGGUAACAAAGAUCUCUACUCAUUGGAGUCACAGAGUUGAGGGUGCACAUCUCACGCUACUAGGCUUCUACCCACCUUUAAGGACCUGAUUUUGAUACCAGAUAACUAUUCCUUGACUUUAGCAAAGCUUUUCAUACGGUCUCCCACAGUAUUCUUGCCGCCAAGUUAAAGAAGUAUGGGCUG